AUGAACGCCGAAGCAUAUCUACGCAAGCAAGGCUGGCAAGGCUCUGGCCACUCUCUCGAUGGCGAGGGCCGUGGCAUCAAGAAGCCACUUCUCAUCGCCCACAAGCAGGACCAGCUUGGUCUAGGAAAGAAGAAAGCAGCAUACACGACCGACGACCAAUGGUGGAUGCGCGCAUUUGAUGACAGUCUGAAGAACAUUGGCAGUGGGCAAGAGAGCACCCUCAGCCAGAUCCAGAAGAAGGGCAUCAAUCGCGGAGGCCUCUACGGCUUCUUUGUAAGAGGAGAAUCUAUUGCCGGGACACUCGGAGACUCAGAGGAAAGCUCGGCCGCGCCGACGGACGCUUCAGCUGCGCCCUCCGGCACUAGCACGCCCGCCACAUCGGCCUCUGACAGCGAGCCCGCGAAGAAAUCGACGGACAGGAAGAACAAGCGCAAACGAGAGGCUGAAGGCGAAUCAAGCAAGAGCAAGAAGAGCGAGAGCAAGAAGGACAAGACUUCUGGUGACAAAGAUACAAAGAAGCUGGCAAAGAAGAUUGCCAAGCUCAGCGUUGACGAGAAAUCUACAUACGAGAAGCGUGCAGCAGCCAAGGGUCAAACGCUUGAAGCGUAUGUUGCACGUCGCAUACAGAAAAAGAACGACCAGCGCGCAAUUCAGUGA